AAGCUCGAAACAAAUGACUGUGAAUGAAAAGCCCUAUAUGUGGUACUUAAUAUUAUAAAUUUUGUAAGUAGAAUUACCACAAAAUCUUACAAAAGGAAAAGACAACAGACAACACUUGUUUUUGUUUCAAAUUACUUGUUGUUGUUUACAUAUAUUAUGAUAUGAUAUAAACAAAACUACCUGUUGUUUACAAAAAUUUUACAAUGCAAUAUUUUAGCUUUUGUUUCUAAACUACUAUAAAUUAAUAUGAUUUUAUUAUAAAAAAACUGAAUAAUAUAGCUACAUGUGAAAAACAAUUUUUUUAUGGAAAGAAAUUAUCAUACACCAAGUCAUGACGAAUUAAUUAUUCAUUAUCAUAAAAUCUAAAAACACUUGAUUGAGUGCACCUUAUUAAUGGUAUUCUAAGUAACAAUUAAUCAGUUGGACUUUGGAGUGCCUUGAUUAAGUUCCAGAACACUAUUUGGAAGUAAAAAUUGUGAUAUAUACAUUUUAUAAUGCCAACCAAAAUAAGAUAUGCCAACACAGGAGAACCACUCGAUGUCCUUUAUUUGGAAAAUUAUGAUAUGCCAGAACCAGAAAAAGAUGAAGCAUUGGUCCAAAUGAUAGCAGCUGCUGUCAAUCCCGUAGAUAUAAAUAUUGUACAAGGAAAAUACCCAUUAAAGGUUGAUAGUCCUGGGUAUGAAGGUAUGGGAAAAGUUAUAAAAGUUGGUUCUGAAGUGAAGAAUCUAAAAGUUGGAGAUCAUGUUAUACCAAUUGUUUAUGCAGGAACAUGGAGGACUCAUAUCACAUUGCCAGAAGAAAGUUUAUUCCGCAUUCCCAAAAGUAUUGACGUUCCUGAAGGGGCUACGUUGCAAGUAAAUCCAGUAACAAUGUAUACGAUGCUGAAAGAAUUCGUAAACUUAGGACCUGAAGAUACAGUUAUUCAAAACGGAGCGAAUUCUGCUUGUGGAGUUAUUGCUAUUCAGAUGUGCAAGGCAUGGGGAAUAAAAACUGUGAAUGUGGUAAGAGAUAGGCCACUGAUCGAUGACUUGAAAACAUUUUUAAAAAGUUUAGGUGCUACAUAUGUUUUUACUGAAGAAGAAAUUAAAAAAACCGACAUAUUUAAAACUGGAGAGUUGAACAAUCCUGUAUUAGGACUCAACUGCAUUGGUGGAAGUUCAGCCACUAGCAUUAUGAGGCAUUUGAGUGAGGAAGGAGUGUUAGUAACUUACGGUGGUAUGUCGUUAGAACCCGUUACAGCUUCUACAACGGCUCUGGUCUUCAAGAAUAUCCGACUGGAAGGUUUCAACAUGAGCCGAUGGAAUAAUAAAGAAGAGAAUUUCGCCAAACUUCCUAAAAUAUUGAAUGAGAUCGUUGAUAUGGUGUUAGAGGAGAAGCUGAAAGCACCACCGCACGCGUUAGUUGAUUUUUUGAAUUAUAAGGAAGCUUUAAGAAAUACCCUAAGUCCAGGUGGUAUGAUUGGAAAAAAAUUCAUUUUGGAUUUUAGGAAUUUGAGUAGUAAAAUUUAAGGAUGUAUUAUAAUAUAUUUUAUGAAAUUAAAACAACACAUUAUACCUAAUAAAAAUUGUUUACUUUUA